AUGGAGGACAUCUACGUGGAGUCCCCGGCUCCUGCCUCUAGCCUGCUGCUUCCCGACUGUGGCAGCACGUUCCUGGCGUCAGGAAGAAAGAUGAGGACCCACCAGGUGCUCGCCUGCCUCCUGCUCCUGAUGGCCACCUCUGUGGCCUCGGAAAACGCCAGCACAUCCCGGGGCUGCGGGCUGGACCUUCUCCCUCAGUAUGUGUCCCUGUGUGACCUGGAUGCUGUCUGGGGCAUCGUGGUGGAGGCAGUGGCCGGGGCGGGUGCCCUGAUCACACUGCUCCUGAUGUUCAUCCUGAUGGUGCGGCUGCCGUGCGUCCGGGACAAGGAGAAGAGGAAGCCGGCCUGCCUGCUGUUUCUCUUCCUCCUGGGCACCCUGGGCCUCUUCGGACUGACCUUCGCCUUUAUCAUCCGCAUGGACGAGACUAUCUGCUCCGUGCGCCGCUUCCUCUGGGGCGUGCUGUUCGCCCUGUGCUUCUCCUGCCUGCUCAGCCAGACAUGGCGCGUGCGGAGGCUGGUACGCCAGGGCUCGAGCCCGGCAGGGUGGCAGCUGGUGAGCCUGGCGCUGUGCCUGAUGAUGGUGCAGGUCAUCAUCGCCACUGAGUGGCUGGUGCUGACUGUGCUGCGGGACACGAAGCCGUCCUGUGCAUACGAGCCCAUGGACUUCGUCAUGGCCCUCAUUUACGACAUGGUGCUGCUGGCCGCGGCCCUGGGGCAGUCCCUCUUCACGCUGUGUGGCAAGUUCCACCGGUGGAAGCUCAAUGGGGCCUUUCUCCUCAUCACCUCCUUCCUCUCAAUGCUCAUCUGGGUGGCCUGGAUGUCCAUGUACCUCUUUGGCAACACCAUGCUGCACCAGGAAGAGGCCUGGAACGAUCCGACCUUGGCCAUCACACUGGUGGCCAGCGGCUGGAUCUUUGUCGUCUUCCAUGCCAUCCCUGAGGUCCACUGCACCCUCCUGCCACCCCUGCAGGAAAACCCACCCAACUAUUUUGACACAGCACACUCAAGGAUGCGACAGACAGCAUUCGAUGACAUGCACCUGCCACGCACCUAUAUGGAGAACAAAGCCUUCUCAAUGGACGAGCAAAGCUCAGCUCGCCGUUCAGCAAGAUUUUCCAAUGGCAGCUUGGGGAAAAAGCACAGUGGCAGCUUGGGGCACAGACCCAGCGCUCCAUUCAGAAGCAACGUGUACCAGCCGACCGAGAUGGCCGUGGUCCUCAACGGGGGCACUAUCCCCACCGCUCCGCCAUCUCACACUGGAAGACACCACUGGUGAAAGACUUUUUAAGUUCCAGAGAAAAAGCAUCUCUCUGACCCGUGUGACUCCCUUGGCUGUGUCUUUUCUUGAGGGAGAAAAACGGUCACCGUAGCCAAGCCAGGCCACCUCACAGCCGGGAGAUUGAGAAAUCCUAGCCAAGGGGAGUUCGUGUAAAUGUGAACUUUGAUGAACUGAAAAGCUAACACCGACUGCCCUUGCUGCCUGUGACAUACACACACACACACAGUCUACCAAACCAACCUCAAUCCCCCCGCCAACUAAAGCAAAGCUAACUGCAAAUAGUAUUAGGCUCCCUUGAAAAUGUGGCUGGGAAGGCAAUAUCAUCCCUAGGGGAGCUAGAAUAGUACCACAUUCAUAGCUGGUGGGCCAGGCUGGUGCUGGUGGCAUAUUGGGAUGAGGAGUAGGGGGUCUCGACUCCUACCCCAGUGCCCUUCCCCAGCAUGUGUGGAUGGACAACCAACCAAUGCCCAGUGGCCUCUUAGAGAUGACUAUCGCAUAGAGGAUAAAGACACAUAGGGCCUGUUCCACCAGGUCCCUGGUGGUCUGUGCAUGUCACAGGUGGGCUGAGAAAGUGACGGAGGCUGAGGUUGUGACUCCCAGGCCACCAAGUUGUGGAGUGAGCUUUAGAGCCAGUAGCAGUUGGUGUGCAGGGGU